GAGCGGACCUCGUCGGGAACUCCACACUGGACCCGUUCGACACCCGGGACCGCUUUCCACUCGUCCUUAACCCGGAGGAUUUUGCACCCAGGGAGGUGAACCGGCGGGAUUGUGGAUGGAUUACGCCGGGCCGGAUGAAGUCUCCCCAGUCGCGGGCAGCCGCUGAGCGGUCGGAGCCGAGUGCGUGAUCGACAUGUUGAGCGCGCGCACGGCGCAUUUGAGCCACGCGGAAUACCUGCAACCGCUCACGGCCGCCCCUGUCACCAUCGAGCUGGAUGCUAAGAAGAGUCCGCUGGCUCUGCUGGCCCAAACAUGCUCGCAGAUCGGAAAGGCGGACCCUCCGGUUUCCUCCAAGGAGAGCACGCCUCGCUCUGGCUUGAAGCGGGGAGAACAGCGCCGCUCCUCGGCAUACGAGUGCAGUUUCAAGCCCUACCACAAAGGGGGCGGGGCUGCCUACAGAGGCGGUGGAGGUGGUGGCAACGAAGUGAGCAGCAGCAUCUUGUCGAAUGAUGUGGAAUUAAGGGUCUUGGGCAGCACUCGCGGGAAUACCGCCAAUGCGGCGUCCUACGCGGCCCGCCCCUUCUCGCCGAGCUGCGGUGAGCAGGGAUCCAGUCAACAGUCGGGUGGCGUGCCGCCCAACCCGCUGGGCUACUCGCCAAAUAGCGAGCAUGAGACUGAAAGCCCGGGCAGCACGAGUAGCGGCUGUUGUGGGGGCGGUGGACAGUCCAAAAAAGACAUUGACGCAAGCAGGCCGACCUCGGAGGGUCCUCACCUCGCCAACUCUGCCCACGCCCGAGCUGGCGCCAACUGCAUCACGGGCAGCUCCGACAGUGGCAACGCGGAGUCCGGCCCGGGAGGCCUGAGGCCAAUUUCUCCCUACAAGGCGGCUCACCCUCUCUUCCCCGUGCUCCCGUCUAACGUGGUCUACCACGGCUCGGUGGUGGGCGCCCAUGCCGGCUACCCGUCUCCGUUGAUUCCCAAGCACCCCAUCUCCAGCCCUCUCACGGGGGCCUCGCCGCCGUCUUUCAUGCAGGGCAUGUGCCGGGACCCCUACUGCCUCAGCUGCCCGAGUGUGCCCCACAUGAGCAGUAACCUCCGCAUCCACGAGCCCUCCAGCCUCAAGUCCAGCUUCCCAUUGGUGUAUGCCCCUCACCCGACGCACCCCCUCUACUCCUGCAUACUCCCGAGCGACCUCCUCCCCCACACAUGCAAUUGGGAGUCAGCUAGGGGUCCGUGCGACAAGCGCUUCACCGCGUCCGACGAGCUGCUGGCUCACCUCCGGGAGCACGCAGCCCUAGCCGUCGAGGCGGACCCCAAGGCGCCGUCCUCGGGACCCGCUCUUUGUCACUUGCACCUGCCCCACAUGAGCAGUCCGGUGGGCUCCCUCCGUGCGCCGCACAGUCUGGCAUUCCCUCGCUAUCACCCCUACAGUAAUAAGGUCUAUUUGCCGCCUGGACCCUCUGCCGUCUCCUUGCACUCUCUGCCCGCCACAGGCCCAUACUACCCGCACUAUGCGUUCUACAACCAAAGACUGGGACCCGCAUCCACUAUGGGCUACCAAUGACGCCUUUUUUUUCGGCCUCGUUGGCUAAUGAAAUCCAUGUAUACGACUUCAACACUUGGGCCCCCAAUGCAAUUGGAAUGUAACAGCAAAAAGUGAAAACAAAUCCUCAGAAUCAGAAUCAUCUUUAUUUGCCAAGUAUGUCCAAAACACACAAGGAAUUUGUCUCCGGUAGUUGGAGCCGCACGAGUACAACAGAUUCUCUCUGGGAUUUACUCGCACCUAGCCUCCCAGUGAAACAUAAGAAACUUUAAACACCACACCUUGAGUUACCAGAUUGAGGAUAACUCAUAAAUGCAGCAAUUAUGUUAAGCAUGCCACGAUACACUUAACAGUGGUUAGCAUUAGCAUCACGUUUGGGGCCCAGAUAGAUUUGUUGCCGUUAAUGUUACAAUGAUGGUUUGGUGGGUCUUCUCUUAUUGGUUACAAGAAUGUAAACAGGAAGGUUAGAGAUUUACUUUAGUACUCAGAACAUUUCAACCUGUACGCUACAUUUUAAGGCAGUUGAAUCUGUACUGAAUAAGUACUUGUAGUUCUACUUAAGUACCUCUGCAUGUGACCAAUAAGAGAAGACGGUGAAGUCACGUUUUGUUGUGAUGCAUUUUUUUCAUUUUUAUCAUUAUGAACACCAAUCAUGGUGAUGGCCCCACACCGAUUGUCCAAUCCCGUCACGUCUCUCGGAACGCACGAGACAUUUUUGCGCCAUGGGUUGUAUUUUGUUAAAUAAAUCAGAUUU